AAUUGCCCGUAGCUCAUCGCCCGGUUUUAUGCGGCAUCGCUUCGAAGACGAGGCAAAGCCCUCCUGUCGCCCGUUUCUUGGCUACAUAUUUGCAGAAUCACGUCUCUGAACUCUAGGCGAACCUUCCCAAACCUCGAUCUACCGCGUUCCAUUUCCUGCCUGCGACCUGCCCGGAUACCUGACGCCCCGACCGAAGCGGCCCCGCGAUAUCGAGAGCUUCACGGAGCCACACGCGUGACCCGCGCACGACAGCGAAACGAGACGAUGGCCGUCGAAACAGAUCAGAAUGCUUCUGCGCAGCUCGGAGAGGCCGUAGUUGCCUUUGCGCUCGAGGGGCGCUUCCCCGACGAGCAGGUGUCAUCGCUGUCAAUGUCCUCUUCGGAUUUGUCGCCGGCGAUUGAUGCGCUGGAACGAGCCAAGGGUGAUUUGGAGGUAAUGGGAGGCUCACAGCGAGCAAUGACAGCCACUUACUGAUGCAUGCGCAGUCUGAAAUCCACACAAUAAACGAAGAGACCAAGGGCGACGUCAGCUCGUGGGUGCACAAUGCGAAAACGCUACAGGAAGACAUCUUGCGAUCCAAGAGGCUGGCCGACGAUAUCGUCCGACAAUCGGAAGCGCCGCAGGUUUCGGGAAAGGCUAUACAAGAUGCGGAGGACCACAUUCAGUUUCUUGAGAAGGAGGUGCUUUACACGAACCAGCUGCACGACGCCCUCAGGGGUAUCCAGCACGUCAACGAGCUUUUGGGGGAGGUCGAGCAAGCGAUGAACGAGCGGCGCAUCAUCGAUUCGCUGCGGUGGCUGGAGAGUAAGGACCGAAUGAUGGCAUCGGCAUCAGGGCGAGGGGCUAACGCUGGGCAGAAUCUUGGACGGAACUCGAUGCCGUCCCAGUCAACAAGAAGGCAUGCCGGAUUAUGAGGCUCCUUGAUGUAAGGGCUUUCGAGCUAAAGUCACACGUCCACGACGUCUUCGACCACGUCUGGGCAUCGCUUGUUCACACGGACCUCAAAGCCGGCUCCCUGGCAAUCUACAACAAGUUGGAUGACGAGCAAAUGACGCUGUCGGAAGCCAUCAUUGGUCUCCAGGCUUACAAAGAGGUUGAAGAUCGCAUGUCCAAGCUGUGGCACGAUGUCGACAAGGCCAUUGUGUUUCCGCGCAUGGACACGCAAGCUUCAUCGCUGCCUUCCAUCCGCGAGACUGAGAACGUUGUGGAAUUAAAUGGUCAAGCUGGAAAAUCAAUCGACGAGCUAUUCACGGAUCUCCAAAAGGUAGUUGAGUUCCUGGCCAAGCGACUGACACCGGAUCUCCUCAUGUUCUUCAGCCCCAUCAUGAUGAGCGACCUGGUCCCGAGGCUCAUUUCAGUCUGGCUCGACUCGGAAGUACCCUCAAAUCUCAAGGAUCUUGGGAGGUUCCAGGCUGUCAUCGAAUCUGCACGGCGCUUUUGCGAGGUUCUUGAAGACAACGGAUUCACUGGGUUUACGGAGCUCAAGGAAUGGGUUGGCAGUGCGCCGUCAAUAUGGCUUGCAAAGUGCAGAGAAACAGCCCUUGAUUCGGUCAGGGUGCAAAUGUCCAACGGUCUCGGUGCCACAAAACAAGUAGAAAAGGUGGAAAAGCAGAUGGUAUCCCGGUCCGAAGGCAAGGAGUUGACGGCGAACGGUGUAGCCGGUACCGUUGCAGAAGAUGACUGGGGUGCUGAAUGGGGAGUUGACGACGACGAGGAACCGGAAGCCAAAGACGACACACAAGAGGAAGACGACGGUGCCGAUGCCUGGGGAUGGAACGAUGAGGAGCAAACUACAGAGACCGCACAAGAGGAGACCGCGCAGGUUGAGGAAAAGACGGUAGACGACGAGGACGACGCAGCCGACGCGUGGGGUUGGGGGGAUGAUGAUGCGACAGAGCAAACGGAGCCAGAACCGAAGCUCCAAGCACCAAAGACGCAGACGAAGAAGCACAAGACGGUGUCUACUGCACCAGACGAGAGCAGGGAGAUGGUUCUCAAGGAGACGUACCACAUCUCCUCCAUGCCGGAGCCGGUGCUGGAGCUUAUCCUGGCCCUCCUGGAAGACGGCGCGGCUCUGACACAGCCCGAAUACGAAAGCAGCCCAGUGGCAGCCGCCGCCCCGGGCCUCUUCAGUCUGCCGACGUUCGCAUUAGCCAUGUUUCGAGCAGUGUCGCCGCACUACUACUCACUCGACAUUGGCGGGAACAUGUUCCUCUACAACGAUGCCAUGUAUCUGUCCGAGAAGCUGGCUGAUUUGGCAUCAACGUGGAAGUCACGCGGGGAUCUCACCACACGCGCCCAGAACAUGCUGCGCAUAGACAACGACAUCAAGAGCCUGCAGAACUUUGCGACGCGCGCAUACACUAACGAGCUGGGGUUGCAGAAAACGGUGCUGCGAGAUCUGCUAGGAGGCGAUCAAAGUCUCAUGCAGCAGGAUGAACUGGACAGUUGCGUGGACUCGGCACUAGCGCGGGUCAGAUCCAUGGCGGUGACAUGGGAAUCGAUUCUCGCGCGCUCGGUGUGGUACCAGGCGGUGGGGUCGCUCCUGGAUGGGCUGUCGUCCAAGAUUAUCGGGGAUGUCAUGGACGCGUCGUCCAUCGGGCAGGACGACGCGUACGGGAUCGCGAAGCUCAUUGCAAAGGUCACGGAGCUCGACGACCUCUUUCUGCCGUCGCGGACCGCGAGUGCGAGCACGGGGGCAGCGGCAGCAGCAGACGAAAUUCCGACAACGGCGCAGUACGCGGCCACGUGGCUCCGUCUCAAGUACCUGAGCGAGGUGCUCCAGUCCAACCUCAACGAGGUCAAGUACCUCUGGUGCGACAGCGAGCUCAGCCUGUACUUUUCGGCGGACGAGGUCGUGGACCUCAUUGAGGCUAGCUUCGACGCUAACCCGCGGAUGAGGGAGACCAUCCGGGCGAUUCGGGAGACUCCAAGCCCCGUGCACGGCUAAGGGAGGAGGGGACGGAUAACACCGGACGGUUGAGCCGGAGGGCCCGGGCAGACGGCGCAAGAGCCGGAGCGAGAUGAUGGGAUGAUGGCUCCGCUUGCGGUCGGGGUUAUAGUCCAUGAUGACGGGUGAUGGGGGGCGAGACGUAAAGUCUUUUCCGAGGCGAAAGAAGAAUAACAUACAUUUAGCGUUUCUGGUGUAUUGGCCAAUUUCAAGGUGCUACAUUGCCUUUUGA